UCAAGUUGCUUAACAAUCAAUAUUUAAUUUAUUUAGAUAAGAUACUUUGCAGUUUGUUUAAUCAGUUGAAAUUAAAUUUAAUAAGAGAGGAGAAUACUCUACUAUCGCGAAUAAGUUAUUAAAAACUGAAAGUACGUUAAAAAUGUCAACAAUAAAAUAUAAAACAAUCGAUCCAAAUGAAUCAAACAACGCAAUUGAUAAAAAUUUAUAUAAAUAUUUUAUAAAUGAUUUUCGUAAAGGUUAUAUUGAGGCAACCGACCAAAAAUAUGUCCUUCCACAAUACUAUGUUGAGUUCAUCGAAAAAAUUGAUAAUUUUGAAGUGUACGACACUGACGUAUUCGUGGUAACACAUCCUAAAACAGGAACUACUUGGGCACAAGAAAUGGUUUGGUGUAUUGGAAAUAAUUUAGAAGUAAGUGAUGAAUAUAUCUAUAUACGUUUCCCGUUUUUGGAAGUAACUACACUGUUUGAUUUACGUGAUGCCCCAAAUGCAUUACCAGCAUUCUUUUAUAAGGAGUUUUUUACAAAUUCCUUAGAAUAUAUAAGAAAAUUACCGCAUCCAAGGUUUAUUAAAACACAUUUACCAUGGGAAUUGUUACCACGACAAAUACGAACUGGUGAACGUAAACCAAAAAUUAUUUACGUUUAUCGAAAUCCAAAAGAUACGUGCGUGUCGUAUUAUCAUCAUUGUGUGAAUGGCGAAGGAUACAAAGGAGAUUUUAACGUGUUUAUGGAAUUAUUUUUAAGUGGACGUUUAUCGUUUGGUCCAUAUCCAUCGCAUAUUUUAAGUGUUGUUCAACAGAAACAUCGUAACAAUGUAUUAAUUUUAAAGUAUGAAGAAAUGAAAAGUGAUCUUAAGGCAGUGAUAAAACAAGUUUGUGAAUUUUUAAAUAAGGUUUAUAGUGAAGAUGAUAUUGAUAAAUUACAAAAACAUUUGUCCUUCGAAGUAAUGAAAACAAAUAAGGCUGUGAACUAUGAUUUAUUCUUUGGUGAUGGAAAAUUUAUGCGAGCUGGUGUUAUUGGUAGUUAUAAAGUAGACAUGUCACCGGAUGUUGUGGCACGCUUUGAUAAAUGGAUUGCUGAAAAUUUUGCGAAUACAGGCACUUCAUUUUGAUUUUCAGACUUUUAUACUGGUUUUUUUAUUUACAUAAACUUUAUUAUAAUUUUUCGGUAUGUGGGGAAAGGUGAACGAACAUACAUGAAUAAAACAGCAAAAUUAAUUAAAUUAAAGUUUAAUUGUAAACCCAAGAUUUUUGAGGGAAAAAAACAAAUAAAUUAGAGUAUAACUAUAUUCUCCGUACUGCCGGUGAGUGUGAAAGCCAUACUGUAUGGCUUAUCGUCAUUGGCGGACGAGUCAAUGCAGUAGGUUCAUAAUGGUUGGCGAUACCUACAAUACUUCUGGUGGAUAGCCCCAUUCAAUACUGUAAUAUUAUUUAUGCGAGCAUAGCUUUACUAUGUCUGUCUGUCUCUAUACCAUACCAUCUAUUGUAGUAAACGCUAUGCAUUUAAUACCGUGUAACUUCUUUUAAUUUCAAUUUCUUCCAAAACACGUGAUUGAGCCCUUGCACAAAUUGAGAUGCUGUUUUAUUUAGAUGGUAUUGCAUUUUUCAUAAAUGAGAUUCGCACAAACUCGUUCAAGCACUAAUUGAUAUGUAGCUUGGUCACUUGGCGCAGUUUGUAAGCCGUGACUUUUUAUUUAGUCAAACCGUAAAAACUGCAUCUCAAUUUGCACUCGGCCUUGUAUUUGAGUCCAAUUCAUGAUUACGCAAAAAAAAGUUAUUGUGUGUAUGGGCGUAGUAGUGAUAAAUAAGACUACAUAUUAUUUUUGUAAACGCAUUUUAAUAAUUUGUUAUUAG